AUGAGCUACUCCACUCAACUUGAGGAACUUUCCCUCCAGAAUGGUUUGUGGGGACCUAUGAGUCAUAUUAACGAUGUUCUCUCCUCUCCUGUGUCUUUAAUGCAGACUGAUUGCUUCAAUUACAUCAAGAUUUUACUGCGUGUUAACAGUACCCAUCUAUACGUGUGUGGAACCUACGCCUUCAGUCCAACCUGUGCAUACAUAGUAAGUAUGUGUUUGAUAUCUUAGCAUACAGCAUACAGUUCCACUAUGCCUGUGUGUGCUGUAAAGAGAACCACCAUGCCUGUGUGUGCUGUAGAGAGAACCACCAUGCCUGUGUGCUGUAGAGAGAACCAACAUGCCGGUGUGCUGUAGAGAGAACCACCAUGCCUGUGUGCUGUAGAGAGAACCACCAUGCCUGUGUGCUGUAGAGAGAACCAACAUGCCGGUGUGCUGUAGAGAGAACCACCAUGCCUGUGUGCUGUAGAGAGAACCACCAUGCCUGUGUGCUAUAGAGAGAACCAACAUGCCUGUGUGCUGUAGAGAGAACCACCAUGCCUGUGUGCUAUAGAGAGAACCAACAUGCCUGUGUGCUGUAGAGAGAACCACCAUGCCUGUGUGCAGUAGAGAGAUGUAAUUAGUCAUGUAAUUCACUCUGUCAAUCAAGGUACAGCUUUUCUUCUCUAUGUUACAGUAUUUCCUCCCUGGAGACUGCACUUUAUUUCUCCUCAAAUCAGUGUAUUGCAAUUAUACCCUUUACAGAUGUUUAGUGAGCAUGAGUGGCUCUGAGUUGUAUUAAGACUUUUCGGAGCACACAUUUGAGAGGAAGUGCAUCUUUAAAUGUGUUCAGCUGAUGGAGCAGACAAAUCUCUGAGGCAAUACAGAAUAACAUUGACAUUUCCAUUUAGAAAUAUUGACAGUCAAAGAACAUCUCAAAUCCCCUCUGCAAUAAUUCAAUAUGGGAAAGAAAACAUUAAGGGAGGAGGGAAAGUCUCUUGGCAGAACUUUAGGUUGUGAACCAGGAUUCCUGAGCGUCUCCUCCCAAGUCUCCCUUCUGUCUCUCUUAUCAAAACCACUGAGUCUCAGCCCACACAGAGAGAUAUACAGUAUUUUAUACAGACAGUCAUGUCCAUCCCUUCUCUAAGCAGCCCUCCUCAUCUUCCCCAUCACCAGAUCACUUCUAAAUGGAAUCAUAUAAUAACAUUUACUUAAAUAGAGAUACUGUUUAUCAAGUGUGUCUCUAUAGCAGUGGGUAGUAACAAGCUUUUUUUGCAUUGUGACCACACAAUUUGACAAAACCACUUUUCGAAACAACCCUGGUUUGAACCACCCCAAAGGGACCAGCUGCGACCAACCAGUGUGUCCCUCCCCAUCAUUUGGGCCACAGUGCAGUAGAGAACACUGGCCAGCAGGCAGUGAUCAGUGUCAGUGUAGAUUACAGCCCUACUUUUCCUCAAGUCUCUCUCUCUCUCUCUCUCUCUCUCUCUCUCUCUCUCUCUCUCUCUCUCUCUCUCUCUCUCUCUGUAUCGCUCUAUCUCUCUCUUUCUCUCUCUCUCUCUUUCUCUCUCUCUCUCUCUCUCUCUAUCUCUCUCUGUCUGUCCUCUCCAGAACACAGCUGACUUCACUCUGGUGAGGAGCCAGACUGGGGAGAUAGUGACAGAGGACGGACGCAACCGCUGCCCUUUCAACCCUGAGUACAAGUCCACCGCCAUCAUGGCUGGUAGGUUCACUAUAAGGGUCACUUACUAACUGUAAGUCGCUCUGGAUAAGAGCGUCUGCUAAAUGACUAAAAUGUAAAUGUAAAUGUUAUUUACUGUCAGGGAAAUAUGUUUGGCUUCCAUAAGACUGUGUACACAAUACAUACUGUAUACAAUACAUACUGUACACAAUACAGACUGUAUACAAUACAUACUGUACACAAUACAUACUGUAUACAAUACACACUGUAUACAAUAAAUACUGUACACAAUACAUACUGUAUACAAUACAUACUGUACACAAUACAUACUGUAUACAAUACAAUAUAUACAUAAACAUAAUAGACAACACACUGUGGACAUACUUAAUUACAGAUAUAUCAAUGUUAACAACGUUUAUAUAGCUGGAAUGUAUAUCUUACAAAAGUUAAUUAUUGUGUGUUCCAUACUGUAAACAUAUUAGGAGACAACCCUUUCAUUCUAGAUUCCAGGGUAUGUUAUGAGUGACACAGAGGCUCCUUGUCUCUUGGUCCAGAUAUUGUUUGUCUUCAUUUUAUUAUUCCUUACAUUAUAGAUGGAGAGCUGUAUGCUGGGACAGUCAGUAAUUUCCAAGGAAAUGAACCUAUUAUUUACAAGAGCCAGGCACAAGGCACUGCCCUAAAAACAGAAAACUCCUUGAACUGGCUUCAA